UUUUUGAGUGAAUCACGUGCUUAAACGUGAAGGUGGCGGCGGCUGGCGCGCCCUGCCCCCGGGGCCGAAUCCGGCCUCACCUGCUGCAGGUGUCCCCGGGGAGUCCGGCGGCGCCGCCACCCCGCUCCGCGCGCCGCCCCGAGCCCCGGGCCGGUGGCUCAGACGCCGGCGCCGGGAGGUUGGACGCCCGGGGGCCCCGGUGGCCGCGGGCCGCGGGCGGGGAGAGGCCGCGCGCCCUCCCGGAACUGGCGGGCGCGGCGGGGCGGGCGCCGUGGCGGCGGGGCCAUGGAGGUCCUUCCCGCGGGCGGCGGCCGAGUCCCGCAGGCAGAGCCAGAGGCGAGGCCGGAGGACGUCGCGGAGGAAGCGGUUCCUGAAGAGCCCCGGGCCCCGUGCCCGCGGGGGGCGCCCCCGGCGGGGCCGCGGCUGUGCUCCCGGGAUUCCGGGGAAGGCGAAGAGGACCCGGAGCUCGCCGAGCCCUGCGGCGGUCGGACGAGCCGCACGGCGUCCCUGGUGAGCGGGCUGCUCACCGAGCUGUACCGCUGCACCGAGGAAGAGGAGGGGGCCGCCAGGGGCGGAGGGCCCGCGGCCCGGGACAGCCCGGACAGCUCCACCGAGGCCUCGGGCUCGGACGCGGUUCUGGGCGGGCGCGGCGGGGCGGGCGGCUCCGCGGAGCUGCAGGAGCUGCAGGAGCGGCCGAGCCAGCGGCACCAGAGGCAGUACCUGCAGCAGAAAGGCACUAAUGAAUUGAAGAUGAUCCUUCGAGAGCUUAAGAACAGGAUUGGUAUUCAGUCGGUGAAGUUACUCCGGCAGCUGAAGCAGAAGGAUAGGCUUAUGCAUAAAGUCCAGAGGAACUGCGACAUCGUGACCGCGUGCCUUCAGGCCGUGUCACAGAAGAGAAGAGUUGACACAAAGUUGAAGUUCACUCUUGAGCCAUCUUUAGGUCAAAAUGGUUUUCAGCAGUGGUACGAUGCUCUCAAGGCGGUUGCCAGACUGUCAACAGGAAUCCCAAAGGAAUGGAGGAGGAAGGUUUGGUUGACCUUGGCAGAUCAUUAUUUGCACAGUAUAGCCAUUGAUUGGGACAAAACGAUGCGCUUUACUUUCAAUGAAAGGAGUAAUCCUGAUGAUGACUCAAUGGGAAUUCAGAUAGUCAAGGACCUUCACCGCACAGGCUGCAGCUCGUACUGUGGCCAGGAGGCCGAGCGGGACAGGGUUGUGCUGAAGCGGGUCCUGCUGGCCUACGCGCGAUGGAACAAGAACGUCGGGUACUGCCAAGGCUUCAACAUCCUGGCCGCACUAAUUCUGGAAGUGGUGGAGGGCAACGAAGGGGAUGCUCUGAAAAUUAUGAUUUACCUCAUUGAUAAGGUACUCCCUGAAAGCUAUUUUGUCAACAAUCUGUGGGCGUUGUCUGUGGACAUGGCGGUCUUCAGAGACCUCUUGAGACUGAAGCUCCCUGAGUUAUCUCAGCACCUGGAUGCUCUUCAGAGAACUGCAAACAAGGAGAGUGGAGGUGGAUAUGAGCCCCCACUGACCAACGUCUUCACGAUGCAGUGGUUUCUGACUCUCUUUGCCACGUGCCUCCCUAACAACACUGUUUUAAAGAUUUGGGAUUCCAUCUUUUUUGAAGGUUCGGAAAUCAUCCUAAGGGUGUCGCUGGCUAUCUGGGCAAAAUUGGGAGAGCAGAUUGAAUGUUGUGAAACAGCAGAUGAGUUCUACAGCACCAUGGGGCGCCUUACCCAGGAGAUGCUAGAGAAUGAUCUUCUGGAGAGCCAUGAACUCAUGCAGACUGUUUAUUCUAUGGCUCCAUUCCCUUUCCCACAGUUGGCAGAGUUGAGGGAAAAAUACACCUAUAACAUUACACCAUUCCCAGCUACAGUUAAACCCACCUCCAUUUCUGGACGACAUGGGAAGGGCAGAGACAGUGAUGAAGAGAAUGACCCAGAUGACGAAGAUGCUAUUGCUAAUGCCGUGGGGUGUCUUGGACCUUUCAGUGGGCUCCUGGCUCCUGAACUGCAGAAAUACCAGAAGCAAGUUAAAGAACCAAAUGAAGAGCAGAGUCUGAGAUCUAAUAACAUUGCGGAGCUGAGUCCAGGAGCAAUUAAUUCCUGUCGAAGCGAGUACCACGCCGCCUUUAACAGUAUGAUGAUGGAGCGCAUGACCACAGACAUCAGCGCGCUGAAGCGGCAGUACUCUCGGAUUAAAAAGAAGCAGCAGCAGCAGGUUCAUCAGGUGUACAUCAGAGCAGGCUUUAAAGAAGAGAAAGACCGUGGGUUCUGUUUAGGUGCCAAGGACCGGGCAACAGAUGAUGACAAGGGACCAGUGACCAGCAUUCUUCCGUCUCAGGUAAACAACUCUCCAGUUAUAAACCACCUUCUUUUAGGAAAGAAGAUGAAAAUGUCAAACAGAGCCGCCAGGAAUGCUGUCAUUCACAUCCCUGGUCACUCAGGAGGCAAACUGUCUCCCAUCCCCUACGAAGACCUUAAAUCCAAGCUCAACUCUCCGUGGCGAACUCACAUGCGAGUCCACAAGAAGAACAUGACAAGGACCAAGAGUCAGCCAGGCUGCGGGGACACCGUGGGGCUGAUAGAAGAACAGAAUGAGGGCUGCAAGGCUACCAGUCUGGGGGCAGCGGAGGCGUUUUCUUCCAGUUGUGCAGCGACCCCCGGAAGAGGAGGGGGCGGCGCCGAAGGCAGCGCGGCGAGGACUGUCGAAGGGCAGUCUCCGGAGCCAGUGUUUGGAGAUGCUGAUGUGUCUGCGGUCCAGGUGAAAUUAGGAGCCUUGGAACUGACCCCAGGGGCCGCUGCUGCUGACGCCGGGCCCAAGGGACCCCCGCCCUGCCUGCGGCACUUCCCGGAGCAGCCCGAUGCCCCAGGAGAAAACAAAGCCACCAGCAAAGCUCCCCAAGGCAGCCACCCGAAAACUCCCAUCUUCAACCCCUUCCCCAGCGUCAAGCCACUGCGGAAGUCAGCCACUGCCAGGAAUUUGGGGUUGUACGGCCCCACGGAACGAACCCCAACCGUGCACUUCCCUCACAUGAGCCGGAGCUUCAGCAGACCUGGUGGCGGAAACAGUAGCACUAAGAAACGAUGAUUCCCAGAAAUGUUUUAUCGAGAUUCACCUUUUCAGGUGGUACGAGGGUUUCAGGUAAAAGGCUGCAAAAGAAUUUCAGUUGUCCAGUGAAAAGGAAUAGUUAGGUUCAGAGAUGAGCCGCGUUCAUAAAGAUGGGAAUUGGAAGUUUUAUCCUGGGAGCUAGAGUAGGGGUGUUUUCCUGUCCACUGAUGACUGAUACGGUGGAUGCUUGUGGCAAAAUAAAUAUCGUGGUUUUAAAAUGUGAA